AUGCAGGUGGUUCAAUUCCUGGUUCAAUUCCUGGGUUGGGAAGAUCCCACUCCAGUAUUCAUGGGCUUCCCUGGUGGCUCAGAUGGUAAAGAAUCUGCCUGCAAUGCGGGAGACCUGGGUUCGAUCCCUGAGUUGGAAAGAUCCCCUGGAGGAGGGCAUGGCAAACCAUUCCAGUAUUCUCGCCUGGAGAAUCCCCAUGGACAGAGGAGCCUGGCGGGCUACAGUCCAUGGGGUUGCAGAGUCGGACACGACCAAGUGCUAAGUACAGCACAGCACAGUACAGCCUACGUAUCCUCUCUAUUAACAGCCAGAAAGAAGUUUCUGACAAAUUGA